CUGUGGCGCUUGCGAUUUUUGAUGCGGGAAAAACUACAUUUCCCAUGAUGCUCUGUGCCUGUAUCCAGUGACGUAGACGGAAGGCUAGUGCUGUACACAAACAACUCCAGAGGUUUUCAAGAGGGAAUCAUUCUUCUUUCAUUCACUACAGGGCUACAAUAAUGGAAAAGUAGAAGCUGAAAGAAGGAAAAACUCUCUCGGCCAGAGACGGUUCUUGCAGACAUGGCGUCUGAUCUCCAUGAAGCGAUUUUUAUGGCCAAGCAAGAGCGACACAAGAAUCUUUUCCUGAACUACAGAAACCUCGUCAGUUUCCCCGUGGAGCUCCUCAGAGAUGAAGGGAUGCAGUUCCUGGAGCGUCUCUUCAUGAAGAGAAACUCCCUCACAGCACUUCCAGAGAACCUGGCUCAGAAACUUCCCAACUUGAUAGAAUUGUACCUGCACUCAAACAAUAUUGCGAUAAUUCCUCAAGCAAUUGGCAAUCUAGUGAAGCUGCAGUCACUGGACCUGAGUGACAACGCUCUUCAGCUCAUCUGUCCAGAGAUCGGUCAGCUGCGCUCAUUACGACAUCUCCGAUUGGCCAACAAUCAACUGAAAUUCCUCCCGCAAGAGCUGGGAGAUCUCAGAGAGCUGGAGACUCUGGACGUGUCCAUGAACCUCCUGAGUACUCUUCCGGAGCGUCUGUAUCAGUGUCUGUCCCUGCAGUGUCUGACGGCAGACCGCAACCUGCUGCACUGCCUUCCUCGCCAGCUCUGUCUGCUGCCCGACCUCAAUGAGCUCUCCAUGGCUGCCAACUGCCUGACAUCUCUGCCCCUGGAUCUGGGGCGCUCCAUGGAGCUGCAGUUUGUCUUUGUGGACAACAACGCUCAUCUGACGGGACUUCCAUCCUAUCUUUAUAACAAAGUCAUCGGCUGCAGUGGAUGUGGUCUAGCCGCGCAGAUCUCUGACGUGAAGCAGCUCUGUCUGACGCUGGGAGAUGUGACUGUUCCUCUGCCCUCUGAAGUGAAGGCCAUCGGCUCCGAGACUGACCGCGUGUUGCCUCUGGAGGAGCUGGCGUGCAGAGUCCUACAUGCGGCCCACAGCUGGACCAGUAAGGAUGUGAGGUUCCUGCUGCCCAAGAGUCUGCUGGAUGUGGUCCGGUGGCCUCUGGGUCACUGUCACCGCUGUAGUCAGCCCAUGUUCACCAUCGUCUACCCUAAACUGUUUCCUCUUAGAGAGACCGCACUCGCAGGAGUGCACAAGAGAACCACUGUGAGUUUUGUAGCGUACUGCUGCUCUAGCUAUUGUCUGAGGACCUUUGACCUGCAGGGAUGACGUCUCACAUCUGCUCGUGGUGCUUUCAUCUUCACGGAGGACUUGAAGAAUAUCACCAGAGAUCUCCUGAGCUUCUGAGACAUUUGACAGAUCUUCAUAACAGCCAUUACAUUAUGUCCUUCUUCUUCUGUGUGUAGCAGCAUCUAACAAAAGCAGCAGUUGGUUAAUACUGAUUACAUUUCACAAAUGAAUGUAGAAAGAAAUGAAACAAAGUGUAUUUCAACCAGUGGCCCAAACUUCAAACUGUGAAGUAUUGUUUGUGUUGGGAUUGUUACGGUUUACUGUAACCAAAAAGGUUCAGGCUUUCAUCGGUGGAGAAACGUAACAUUUAGUCUGUGUUUUAAAAACUACCAUCUUGAUAUACUUAAAACUGACGAGUUUUAGGUGAGAUAUGGAUGUUUUUGUUUCCAUUUGAAAGGAAAAUAGAAUUGUUUUUUGAGAUCCCUUUACUGAAAUGUCAUGUUACUUCAGAUUCAUAUCUCACUACUGUUUUUAACCGUGACACAAUACUUAACUUUAAAAGUGGCUUUUUAGAGAUAAAUGUUUAAUUUCAGUCUGAGGCUGUCUGAAGUGUUUGUAUGCUGUUGGAAGUGAGUGAACCAGCAUGCAUUAGCUCUUUUCAAAGAAAAUCACGUGUGACUGUUAUAAAGUGCCAAUUGACUUUUAUGAAAAACAUGCAGCUGAUUGUAUUGAAGGCAGCUUCAAGGGAUUGUGCUAUUUUUGUGUGAGAGAAUAUUUUCACAUGAAUUGUGGAUAUUUGCUGGUACUACACUACAACCAUCACUGUUCAGCUUUCAGUAUUUUAAAUAUUCUCUGUCUCUUUAAUUAGAUGUGAGCAAGAGGAUGACUUUCUUAAAGGGAAAGUUCACCCAAAACUGAAAAUAACCCCAUGAUUUACUCACCUACAAGCCAUCCUAGGUGUACAGUAUAUGACUUUCUUCUUUCAGACAAAUACAUUCAAAAAGUCCUGGGUCUUCUAAGCUUUAUAAUGGCAGUGAAUGGGUGUUGAGAUUUUGAAGCAAAAUAAAGUGCAUCCGAUCCAUGCAUCCUGCAUAAAAAUACUCCACAGAGCUCCAGGGGGUUAAUAAAGGCCUUCUGAAGAAAAGCAAUGCGUUUGUGUAAGAAAAAUAUCUAUAUAAACUGUAAUCUCUAGCGUACGACAGUUAGCGGAAGCUAGAGAUUACGGUUUAUAGAGUUUUAAAUACGGAUAUUUUUCUUACAAACGCAUCACUUCGCUGCAGAAGGUCUUUAUGUGGAGUACUUUUUAUGAUGGAUGGAUGCAUUUUAUUUUGCUUCAAAAUCUCAACCACCAUUCACUGCCAUUAUACAUUUUUUAAUACUCCGAUCGUAUUCGUCUUAAAGAAGAAAGUCAUAUACACCUGGCUUGAGGGUGGGUAAAUCAUGGGAUCGGUUUCAUUUUUGGGUGAACUAUCCCUUUAAGUUAAUAUGUGGAUGUUACUGUUUUCUUAAAUAAGCCAGGUCUUCUACAGAAUUUUCUCUUAAGAGUGUUAGUUCAGCUCAACUUUUGACAUGUUACACUGUCAUUUCAUUGGCUCUUAUAACUGAACAGUUGUGCUCUUUUGUAAUGUUUGGCAAUAAUAACAAUAUUUAAAACCUC